AUGCCAGCCUACUCUUCUACUACUUCUUCUUCCUAUUCCUCUAGUUCAUCUGUUUCCUCCUCCUCUCCUAAAUCUUCCUCCACUCAAAAGAGAUAUUCCUGCUCCGCGUACGUCAAAAAAUACACCGAGAUGAUUAUCCUCGGAGUCAAUCGUACCUACGCAUUGGAAAAACUCCACGACAUCAACUGCCCAAUGAGUGUGUUCGAGAAGUGCGAUACGGAGAGAGUGUUGGCCAAGCAUGUGGGGAACAUGUAUGAAUGCCAAUAUCAAGUCAGUCUGCUCCACACGAAAUUCGAAACACUCAGAAGACGUGAACUUCGUGAUGCUCAGAAGAAAUUUGAUAAGAAAGGAGAGCUCGCGGCUCAUCUUGCCUUCAAACCAGAAUUUGUUGAACUCCACAAGAAGGAAAUGGAGGAGAGAAGCCAGGAAUCAAUAAACCGACUGUUCGAGCAAGCUAUUGGAAGGAGCAAGGAGACUACUGUAAUUCCACGUGUCAAACCAGAUUAUUCCAAGUUCAAGAUCACGAAGCGAAAUGUCAAGAAAACCUUCUAG